AUGAAGGUCAAAAGUAGUAAGCCUCUCACGGCUUCCAUUUGCAGGAAAAAAAUUUCGAAAUCAAAAAAGCAUGAUAAGACUAAGCGAUUUCAUAAACUGCUGCAGUCCAAAGUAGGACUUUCUAAGAAUCAGAAUGAAACUAUUCAGUCACUUGUUGCGUCUGACUCCGUAUCAAUGGAUGAAUUUGGAAUUUCUCUGAAUACACCAGGUGCACGUGAUCAACUACCGAUGGCUGUAAGUAGAAGGGAGCUUAAUGAAGAACUAAACUUGGACGAUAUAAUGCCAAAGAAUUAUCCUUCUGGGAACAUUAAGUUGGUAGAUGCAAAAUGCACUGAAAAGCUAACAAAGUCCCAAAGAAAACGACACAAAAGGCAAGAAAAGUUAAAACUGAGAAAAGCUGCCAAAGCAUCCAUUCCUAAGCCAGAACCAAAGGAACCCCGUACGUCAUCAAGUGUCGUACUUCCAGAACGUAAAGCUUAUGUACCAUCUUUGGAUACAGAUGAAAAACUCUUAGAUGCUAUUCGGAAUCGUUUAGUUGAAAUGUACCAACACACUCUAACAAUACGUCCGUUGCCAAGAAGUUGUCCUGUAAGUCUGAUCAAGGAUCUUUUCCCGUCAUCAGUCAAUGUUCGUAUCCCACAGAAAUGUAAUUCUCGAUUUGCUUUUGCGAAAUUUCGAAAUCACGAUGAACUGGUUGCAGCUCAAAAAUCUGUUUCUGGUAAACUGCUAAACGGUAAAGAAAUUAAAACUGAAAUUUGCUCACUACACGGACCUGAUAAUGUUGAUAAAAAUAAAUGGACUGAACCCCUACAAAGAAAACUGUCAGAUUUCGAUAUGCGUUCUCUUCAUGUUCUUCAUUUGCCUCGGGCGACCACUCGUUUUGACUUGGCUCAAGUAUUUCCGAAAGCUGUAGGUAUUCGUAUGCCGACAUAUGAUGAUGGAUCGUGUCGAGGGUAUUGCACUUUAACUUACCAUUCACGUCACACUGCAUUAAAAGAUUUUGAAUUGAAACAUGGAACAUUUAUUCACGGAGAAUCUAUCUAUGUUAUGUUCCUACUUAAAAAUCCAAAGAAAAUAUUUAUAAGAAAUGCAAAACGUCAAGCCUCUGAUAUUUACCAGAUGGAUGUAGACAGUACUCCAACACCUCAUAAAGACAAAGGUGCUAAGGCAGUAGUUGAUCAUCCCAUGCCUAUGUCUAUUGAAUCAUUUGAUCCUGAAUUUAAAAUUGCUAAAUCACCAGCGAAAUCUGGUAAACCAUUGAAAAAGAAGUCCAAAGUUGCAACAGUUCAUCGUGACAUUCCGGAUCCGCUAGUAAAUAUAAAAUACCAGUUGGAAGAAAAGAGUGUCAAGAGAAAGUCAUCAUCCAAAAAAAGCUGUUGUAGUAUAUUAUUGACAGCACUAAAGGUUAUGUAA